AUGCCUGAGGAUUACGCUUCCAGGGCGCGCGACGCUGGUAGCUACCGUCGUCGCAGUCGUAGUCCACCACAACCAUACUCGCGCCUGCCGGGCUCGAACGACACAAGACCAAAAGACGGCGAGUACUACCGGUCGAGAGAGGAUGCUCUAAGUCCGUCAAGAAGCCUCAACUACGACGAUGACGGCGAAUAUCACGAAGGCGCCGGAGACGCUGAUGGAGACAGAGGCAGGUUAGACAGAGGAGGAGGUGGUGGUGACAGAUACGGUGGCGCUCGUCGCGGAGACUGGGGGAGACAUGGCGGCGGUGGUGGAGGAGGAAGACACUACGACGACGACGAUUACCGAGGACGUGAUCGAGGAACAAGCCCCAGCGGUCGCCAUAACGGAGGAUAUAGGGAAGGCCAAUCUUCCAGGCGAUACAACGACGCACCCGCGCCCGCGCCCGCGCCUGGAGGCAAGAUCAUAAUUCUCCAAGGCAUUCCGGAGGACGCCACCGAACGUGAUGUUCUCUACGGUCUUAACCUCGUCACACAAGAUCCAAACACGUCUACCGACCAAAUCAAAAUCGUCCGAUUCCGAUACGACAGCGCCGGUCGCCGCCUUGCGGUCGUCGAGUUUAAACGACGCGCGGAUGCAGAGAGCUUUAUGGAACAGCAUCAUCCCGACAUAUCGUUCCCUCUCGAGCACACCCGUGGUGCCAACUCGGAAUACAUCACUAUGGAUAUCUUCUUCGAAAGGAGUCGUAGCGAUAUCCACGACUCCCGCAGAGAAGAUGAGGACUGGGACUGCCUCAAGUGUGGUGCAGUUAACUUCUCGUACCGUGCUAUGUGCUUCAAAUGCAAGACAGAGAGACCCGAUGAUGCCAAUUACAGCUACAGUUAUGGAGCCCCGUUAUCAGGUCCUCUCUUGACCGGAGAAACCGACGAAGAUCCUCAACAAAUGCCGUCACAGUAUCUUGUAAUAAGAAAUCUAGAGGCGUCAGUGACCGAGGAAGUUCUAGCCAAGGGCGUCAUGAAGCUGUUCCGCGAAGAGACGGCAAAGGCGCCUACCGGUAGCCACAAGUUGAAGUCGACAGCGCCGGGCAGCAACACUGCAAACCUCGGCGCAAAACCCGGUAGCCUACGCCGCGUUUUCCUGAUACGGAGCCGGAGGAGCAACGAAUCCUGGAGGUAUGGUUUCGCCGAGUUUGCGACGGUUGAAGACGCCAAGGGUGCAGUUGCGAAAUUCCGCAACUCCCCAAGCUUUGCGAUUGCAUCCAGGCCUGUUGUGGUUUCGUUCAUCCACACUGGCGUCUUCAUCCCGGCCUUUGAGGUUGGCCCGGACGAGGAUUCUCGCUUUUCCUUCCAACCCAUCUACAACCCUACCAUUCGACUGAAGUACUGGGACGAGCGUGUCUAUCCCAGCAUCCAUGUUGUCUCGGUCGAGCCUACAUCUGAACCUCAAGGCGCAGUUAAGUCUACCGACCACAAAGAUGGCGCUGUGGAGAAUCCCCUCGCCCGCCAGGCCAACCUCCUGAAGAAAUUCAGGAAGAAGGAGCCAGCCCCCGGUGAGAAGGGCAUCGCAAUGAUGCCGCAGAUGCAGAUGUGGACGAAGAAGGCGGCGGAACUACACGGUAAAAAGCUGGCUGCUGCUGAAGGCGGCCUCAACUCAGCAGGGUUUGAGGGAGAUGACGAUGAUCAAGAGCCAGAUGGUCCUUUGAAGCCUCACUGGGCCGAUCAGUACCUCUCAUAUGCGGACUGGGACCGCAUGCUAUGUCCCCUCUGCGACUGGGAGGUGCCUUCGCAGGAAACCAUCAACAACCGUGGAUACGGUCCCUACACACGCGAGGACCUCCUCGUCAGCCACGAAGUCAUCGUCCACAACCACUUCAAAGACCCCGAAACCAAAGAAAAGGCCUCUGCUAAGCUCACCUCGCUGGGCAAGGAGCCCCGAUCCAUCGCCCGCCGCACCCCUCGCCUCAAGCACGACGCUCCACCCGUCUACACCUCGUACGCCGACUUCGACGCCCUCUACUGCCACCUCUGCCACCGCACCUUCAAGCACGCCGAGACCAUCUGGCGCCACGAACAGGAAAGCGAGCUGCACAAGCGCAUGCUUUCCGACGUCCAAGCCAAGGAGCGCGCCGUCGCCGAGCUGGCCGCAAAGGGCAAAGUCCCGCUCACCAUGGUCCCCGACAAGAAGCUUCGUCGGGAGGAACAGCGCACGCAGCGGUACCGCGACAGGGCGAUGGAGCGCCGGAAUGCGUUCCUGCAGCCUAACAAGCCGGGUGGACAACUGUCGAAGCAACAGCUUGCUCUGGCUGGCGCAUCCGCUCCUGCUGCUGGUGGUGACAAGCGCAAGGAACAGCAACUGCAACAGCAAGCUGCUGAGGAGCAGGCGGCAGCAGCAGCGAAGAAGUCCAAGGGCGCGGGCAUGCUGGCCAAGAUGGGCUGGACGGCGGGCGUGGGUCUUGGUGCCGAAGGCACGGGACGGACGCAGGCCAUAGCGACGGAGGCGUAUGCGCCGGGUGUGGGGUUGGGUGCGGAUGGAGGCAAGCUGGGCGAUGCGAGCGAGGAGGCGGCGAGGAGGACGAAGGGGCAGUUUUCGGACUUUGUGGUGAAGACGAGGGACAAGGCUAGGGAGAGGUUUGAGAAGUUGCAAGAGUAG